AUGUCGAGUUCUCCCGCUGGAGUCAGGGCAAGAGAUAUUGAUCCGUUCAGUCCCGAUUCAUCGAUGCUCUUUUUGAAUCCAUCUUCAAUGCUAUCCCAGAUAGCAGAAAUUUCUUCCGAAAUUCGAUCUGAGCUCGCAGAGGCUGGUAGCUUGUUUAACGACUUUUUUAUUCAAAAAAGGCAAUCACUGUCGUCAGAACUGUCGUCAUAUUCGCAGAUUUUGUCCGAAAACUCUGGCAGCAUUGAGCAGUUCAAAGAGCAGUUCCGUAUCUGUUCAGCACAAAAGAAAAAGAUCCACAAGGGUAUUCUAUCUUGUCAUUUAAGAUUAGAGCUUGAAAACGAACAGUCUGAAGUUUCAAUUGCCAUUCAAAGUAUCGAUGAGCUCACGGAGCAGAAAAACAAAAUAUCUCAGCACCUUUCAGAAAUACACAAAAAGAUCGACGAAGUUUCGAUAAAGUUAAAAAAAGAGAGAGAAUGUAGCUAG